CACUACCGCACCUGCGCAGUCGUCUCAUACAUUUAGCAAAGAACGGUCACAGAAAGGCAGAAAGAGAGAAAAUAUAUUAACCUAACCGGAGGAAACGAUUUUCUGUCCGUAAGGAUUAAAGAUAUACGAGCCGAUAGAAGCCGACUACAGCGGAGGAGUCAGAGCAGUGACGGGGACGGUAAACAACCAUCGAUGUGCCUCUGAUAUCCGGACAUACAAGUCAUCUUUUUUGCCUUAGUAGGAAGAGACGAGUCGCCGACAGAGAAACAUCCAGACUGAAAGCAUGAAUCCCGAAUAUGACUAUCUGUUCAAGCUCCUGCUCAUUGGAGACUCUGGUGUUGGAAAGUCUUGUCUUCUACUGCGUUUUGCUGAUGACACCUACACAGAGAGCUACAUCAGCACCAUUGGAGUGGACUUUAAGAUUCGCACCAUCGAGCUGGAUGGCAAGACCAUCAAAUUGCAGAUUUGGGACACUGCAGGCCAGGAGAGGUUUCGUACUAUCACCUCCAGUUACUAUCGUGGAGCCCAUGGCAUCAUAGUUGUUUAUGAUGUGACAGACCAAGAGUCCUAUAACAAUGUCAAGCAGUGGCUUCAGGAAAUUGACCGAUAUGCCAGUGAAAAUGUCAAUAAACUUCUGGUGGGCAACAAGUGUGACUUGACGACUAAGAAAGUAGUGGACUACACAACUGCUAAGGAGUUUGCUGACUCUUUGGCGAUCCCCUUUCUGGAGACCAGUGCCAAGAAUGCCACAAAUGUAGAGCAGGCUUUCAUGACCAUGGCAGCCGAGAUCAAGAAACGCAUGGGCCCCGGGGCCACAGCUGGCGGGGACAAGCCCAACUUAAAAAUCGAUAGCACCCCCGUCAGGCAGUCUGGAGGGGGUUGCUGUUAAAGGACCUACAACCACACCACAACCAUCUCAGUGAUUUCUCUACUCUGUUCCCUCCCAUCACCUGUACAACUCACACCCCACCAUAUAACCCACUCCCACUCCCGACUUUCCCUCUGUGACCUGCUCGGACAGAGGACUAAACUGCAAAGUCAGAUUGAAUCUGUAUGAGGGUUAAUUCAGACCUGUUCAGCCUUUUGAUUAGACAGAGAGGAAAGCAACCAGGAAACACUGAGACCAUUUUUAUCUUUUGCCGUGGAGGCAGAAGGAAAUGAGAUAUGGCAGGAGAUUGGCAUUAAUUUAGAAUGAAAUGGAAAUAAACGAUUAGGUUCAGAUUUAAGUGAGGUUAUUGCUACAAAACACACAGACACAGUAGUCUGAUGGCACGAGUUACAAAAAUUAAAGCCAUUUGGCCAAAUGCAUUUCUGCUUGGGCUCCGUCUGUUUUUACUGAUCUCAGCCCAAACUUCACUCCCUACAAUUAUUUACCUGCACACACUCAUUACGCUACACACUGUGGAUGACCUGAACUCUUUAGGAUGCUAGCAGUCUUAUAACUGUGACACAUCAUCGCUGUUUCCUGAGGAGGGUCUAGGAUGGAUGAUGGUCUAGGGAAAGCCCAAUCAGGGAGCCUCCUCUCCUUCAUCUAUUUCCUUCCUCUUCUGAGCCACUUUUUUAUAGUGUGUUUAGACAAAAGCAAGGUGAAUGUUUUUAUUAUGUAACUCUUGUUUGAGGAAUCAGCGUUCUUUUGCCUCAGUCAGCCAAUGUACUAAACAUACAGACGUAUGCUGUGAGCCAGCAGGAAACAAACCCCACUGACCGUGUCGAAGAGAAUCUGUUUCUCUCUGUUGGUCUGUUUUUAUGUUUUGGAACAGUUACAUUUCCCCCCAAAGUUUUUAACUCGCGCACCUGGGCCUAACUUUGCUUCAUCGUGUAUCAUGUCAUGUGUAAUAUAUAGUCACAUUGUCUUUUUUCUGUCUGAACACACCUUGCUCGCUCUUUUUCAAACAGACUGGGACUCUCUGCUACGGCCUUCAUGGUGCUGCACUCUGUUUCAUCCAUGUAAAGAGAUGGAAAGUGUUGAUGUGAAAGAUGGGAGAAGGAGAACUUGCUUUCAGUCUCUUUAUAGUGGCAGUUGUUGUGUAAGAGUAAAGUAACUAAGCGUCUCUUUGCAGCCCCGUAUGCAGAGGCUGAACCACUGGGUUGGGUCACCUGAGCCUGACUCUUACUGUUGUUUUGUUGUUGUUGUUGAUUUGAGUCAAAAAUUCAGAUAUGAAUAAAAUCACCAAUAUUUGUAUUUAUCUACAUACAAUCAGAAUGUAAGUAUUGUAAUAGAAUCAGAGCUGCUCUGCUGGAUAAACUGUGAUUGCACCAUUUCUAAAUUAUCUCGAGCAUCUUUUUGCUACAUUCUGUAUUGGAUGGUAUAUAAACUGAUUUGGUUCGGGCCAUGAAGGUGUUUCCCUGACACAGCACAUAGAUGAUGAACGAUGACUAAGCUGGAGUGAAGAGAUUCACUCAGUCGUACCCAUGUUUCAUCAAAGCUUGCAGAACUUUUUGUCCCAGGAAAUGUUUUAAGGAUCUUAAAGGUUCCUUUAGACUGGAGUUCGUCUGUGUUUCCGCUGCAGUCUGGAGUCCGGGGACAGUCAGUCUACUGGAAUGCAAUAAAGAUGAGCAACCAUGUUAUACUGUCGUGAUCACUGUUCUCUGCUCUCUGUGUCUGACUGGUCAGUGCUGAGCUACAGUCCACAGAGCCAAGAGGCUACUGUGAACAGCGUGAAUUUGAACUUUGGUGGCAUUAAAGAGCCUUCACAGGAUUUUUUGUGUGGAAGGUUGGACACAUGUAUUUUAGGAUAACCACAGUGAAACUUUUCACAGUAAUAUUUGAGUGCCACUGCGUCUCUCUUAAUCAACAAAUUGUUUGCAAACAGUAAAAAUUUCUGUCCAAUAACCAUCAAACAAGCUACAGAGGAGACUGGUUGUGAAAUACUGAAGAGUAAUGAAUACAAGACUGAAAUGUUCAGCAUUACCAGCAUCUCUCUAGAGUUUCUUUGUAAGUGGAUUUUAAGGGGUAAAAUAAUUUCAUUGGAAACUAAAUUUCAGCCCUAAUCCCUGCAGUGGAAACUCUAAAGGAACCUGGUUCUGGUGAUAGAAACAGGGCUUUAUUCUGACAACAUUGGCAAUAUCCUGCAAUUAUCUUACAAUAAAUUUUCUGUCAGCAUUUUGUUUUACAUUUCCUUUUGUAUUUUCUAAUUCAGCCCUGUUGUCCAGUUACAUAACAGCAGAUUUCCUUGUUUGCAGAUGAAGCUGGUGCAGAGAUGUGCUGGUUGAGGGAGUUUUAGAAAAACUGAUGUUCUUUGCCUGUUAUGGACCACACGUUGUUUCAGUCCAAGAGUAUCUCUGGUUCUUCAUCAAAUUCUUUAGUGCUCUUCUUUGUGUCUUGUUUACAUUUGAAUGGGAAUUUGAAUGCCUUGUAAGAAAGCUGUACUUACAUACUGCAGUCAGUUUCAUCUUGUGCCUUGUGUUUGUGGGUGUCUGGAUGUCCAGGGACUGAGUGCUUUUGGUUUUAUGGCCAGAUAUGGACUUCCAGUACUGGCCUUUAUCCAACAAUGUCAGAGAAAAUUGGUAAACCUUAAGAUCAGUUCAGUCCUGACCUGCUGUCAUAAAAAUUAAGCUCCCCAAAUUCGGCUCCCUUCUCUCAACCUGGCAGCAUUUCCAGCUGAUGUGAGAGCAACUGCUACAUGUACAAGGAAAAACACUGAAAGAAGAAACAGCAGACGGCACCUUGAAGAUGAAAAUAUAAAAAAAUGCAGAUACCCCCCAAAACCCCAAACUUGUUGAGUCGUGUGUGUGUGUGUGUGUGUGUGUCUACGCAUCAGUGUCUAUCAGAAAGUUCUAGCUCUGCAUAGAGUUGAAUAAAGCAGGUGUGACGGUGGCUUAAUGUGUGAAACUAACAUAGAAGCUUCAGUUUGCAGAAGGUGAUUUAGUCUUAAUUGAAUAGAUGCUGAACAAGCAGUCAUAUUAUAAUCAACAUGAUGAUGAUGAUGAUGAUGCACUUUGAGGAUUAUUUUUUUAAUUAAAUGUUUUCUUUCAGCAAGUCUUAAUAUUCUUCUGAUUUAUAGACACUGAAUCCUGCUCUGCUGUGUAGUCCAUGGAAAUAUAAGGAGACCGUCUUUGUUUCUGAAUGUGACACAUGUCAAACAUUUCUCUUUAUUUCACUUCCCAUUUUGUUUCUUGUGGGGGAUUUUGUUUCCUGUGUUAUUUGGACUCAUUCAUUGCUGCUUAGUGGCUUAAUAAAGACACUUGAUGUUUA